UCCCGGAAGCUCCCGGGCCGGGCGCGGACGCGGACGUGUCGCUGCCAUGGCGGAGCCGGCGCGGCUGGAGCGGCUGGAGCGGCGCGUGCGGGAGCUGGAGGAGGAGCUGGCCCGGGAGAGGCGCGGGCGGGCAGCGGCGCGGGCCCGCAUCGACACCAUGAGCGCCGAGGUGACCGACUCCAACCCCUACAGUCGCUUGAUGGCAUUAAAAAGAAUGGGAAUUGUCAAAGACUAUGAGAAAAUCCGUACCUUCACAGUUGCAGUAGUAGGUGUAGGGGGCGUUGGCAGUGUGACUGCUGAAAUGCUGACAAGGUGUGGCAUUGGUAAGCUACUUCUGUUUGAUUAUGACAAAGUGGAACUGGCAAACAUGAACAGACUCUUCUUCCAACCUCAUCAAGCUGGAUUAAGUAAAGUGCAAGCAGCAGAACAUACUUUGAGGGAUAUUAAUCCUGAUGUUCAGUUUGAAGUACAUAACUACAACAUCACAACACUGGACAACUUUGAGCACUUCAUGGAUAGAAUAAGUAAUGGUGCACUGGAGGAAGGGAAGCCUGUGGAUCUGGUUCUGAGUUGUGUGGACAACUUUGAAGCUCGCAUGGCCAUUAACACGGCCUGCAAUGAACUCGGACAAAUCUGGAUGGAGUCUGGAGUGAGUGAAAAUGCAGUGUCAGGACACAUCCAGCUGAUCAUCCCUGGUGAAUCCGCUUGUUUUGCGUGUGCUCCUCCCCUGGUAGUAGCUGCAAAUAUUGAUGAGAAGACAUUGAAACGAGAAGGAGUUUGUGCAGCCAGUCUUCCUACAACCAUGGGUGUUGUGGCAGGAAUGCUUGUGCAGAAUGUUCUCAAAUACCUGUUAAAUUUUGGUACUGUGAGUUACUAUCUUGGUUACAAUGCAAUGCAGGAUUUCUUCCCAACUAUGUCUAUGAAGCCGAACCCCCAAUGUAGCGACCACAAUUGCAGAAAACAGCAAGAAAAUUAUAAGAAAAAAGAAGCUGCAAGACCAAAAGAAGAAGUAAUUGAAAAGGAAGAAGAAAUAGUACAUGAAGACAAUGACUGGGGCAUAGAAUUAGUAUCAGAAAUUUCAGAAGAUGAGCUGAAGGCUGCAUCUGGCCCAGUACCUGAGCUUCCUGAGGGAAUUAGUGUAGCAUAUACUAUCCCAGACAAGGAAGAGAAUUUAAUAACUGGGGAGACAGUAGCAGAGUCUGAAGAAAGCCUAGAAGAACUCAUGGCCAAAAUGAGAAACAUGUAGAAAAACAAAUACUAAGUGCAACUUUCAUGAGUUUGGAUGGACAUUGGAUUUUGAGAAGACCAGACUUCUUACUUUUUUUCCUUUUUUUUUUUUUUCCUCCAUUGAAGCUUACCUUUUCUGAUGAAACAGAACAGUUACAGGGGCAGGAAGGACACAGAGUUACAUGUUUAUAUUCUGUUUUCUCAUCAUGUCUUUAUUAACAGAUAGAGCUGUGCUACUGUAAAUUUUAGUUUCUCAGCAUUGCUAGUGUCCAGAUAUUCAGUGGCAAAUAAAAGGACCUGGAUAAACUAAAAAAGCAGGCACAGCACAUUAUAUAGCCUAUCAUGUACUAGGACUGAGUGGGUGAAGGGCAGAUGAUAAUGCCUCUCUCAUAUUGCUGCUCCUGAGUUUCCAGGCACUUUACUUGGUUGUCAUUCACUGGUCUAAAGUCUUGGCAUGGAUUGUGCUGUGGCUACUUUUUCUGAGUAAUGAGAACAUAUAAGCCUUUUCAUCUGCCUUAAAUAUCCCUGAGAUGGAAUUUUCUUUGUCAAUGCAGCUUUACUCCUGCUUGUCCUUAAACAGCUGCCUAGGUUUUGUAUGUGAUGUUUUUGAGUAUACUGUAAGAAGGUGAAGUCUUUUGUUAUUAUUACAUUAUUAGCAUGCCACUAUUUUGUCUGGCAGAUACUUUUCAUGACAAAAUUAUGAUCAGCAUUUUUAAAAAAAGGGAGAGAAAAGACUCCCUUUUCAGAAGUCUAAAUAUUUUUGUUGGUUACUGGAAGUCUAACUAUAAUUCUCACUCCCCUUCACAUGGGCUAUAUUAAGUCUGAGUUUGCAUAGAAAGUCUUCUAAAAUAAGAUGCUAUAAAUUUUUAGUUUUGCAAAUAUUUUCAUUUGAGUAGCUCACCUGUUGUAUUUGUCUUGUAAAUGACAUAAGUACAGUCAGAAAACCUUUUAAAUGGACACGUGUUAAACUGACCUGUAAAUAUUUGCAUCCUGGGGCACCAGUACCCUGCAGAACUGGAAGGAUCAGUUUCAAAUAUUUUAACUACUGUGGGCAUCUGAUCCAGAACUUGUUAAUUAUUUCAGCCCUGGAAGUAUAAUACAAAUACUUCCAAAUUGGGCUCCUCAAAAAACUUUUCCACAAUUUGAUGCAGCCAACAUAGAGCCAGCUAGUAAUGGCAGUAGUAGUAGUAUUCCACUAAAAAGAAAAGAGACAGCAAUACCAUGGUGGUGCUUCUGUUUGUUAGGGCAGCUGAAUGAAUACCUGUUAGUUAUACUAAUAAUUAGUUUAAAAAAUGUUUCAUUUCUAAGUAAUGGUUACAAAAUUCAAAAUCAGUUUCCUCCACAGCUGACAUCAUAUUAUAUUAUACACAGAACAAUAAUUUCUAAAACCAGUGAAGGAGAUUUUGGGUGGUUUUGAGUGUGGGGCAUUAUACUGUAAAAUUGAAGUGGCUUUUUCGGAUUGAGUUCUCUUUUGGAGAAACCAGGUUUUAGAAAUGAACUGCAAAGAAACAGGAAAUAGAUUAAUGAGACCAUUAAAAAGGUAGAUACUUGAAUCUGUGUCACUAAGUCGACAUUAGCUUGAUCCACUGUCAAUUUUUGUGUUACAUUUCUACGGGACUUUCACCUUUCUGUUGGGAACAAUAGAAGUCAGGUGCACAGCUGUGUGGAUCUGGAGAUCCUGAGGCAAACGGCCGACUCAUUUCUACAACAGCUCAGUUCAUCCUGACUCCAAACUAUUUGGCUGCUAUCACAGGAUUGACAGCUUAUGAGGGGCAACUUCAAGUACACUUUUAUGAGGGAAUUAAUACAUUUUUGUAUGCCCUGUUAGAGAGUACAGAAAAUGGUUCCUGUGUUACUUUAGACUUUGAACUUGUAUAUACAAGAAGAAUUUGAAAUAAUCAGAAAAUAAAUAAAAGAUGAUUUAUGUGUCAA